AUGGCUACACUACCUGUCAGUGUAGCGGCAGCAGAAAGGCCUUUCUCUACGUUGCGCAGAGUUAAAUCGUGGCUAAGAUCUUCAAUGGUUGUAGAUCUCCUAAACGGACUGGCACUUCUCCACGUUCAUAAAAACGUACCCAUUGACGUAAAUGAGGAAAUGACGCAUUUCGGGAGAAGACGUAAAAGAAAAAUUGAUUUUGUUAUUUAA